UCAUUCUUCAAUCGUAAUUCAUAGGCUAAUCUUGUACGAAAUUAUUUUAUUAUGGACAAAGUGCGUGUUUAAAAUUAAGAUUGGAUAUGAAUGGAAAAAUGUUUCUUUUGCGUCUCUAGCAUAAACAAGGCUCACAAUAUUAUAUUUUACAUUAAGUAAGAAACACACUUUUAUCAUAAUGGAUUGGAUAAUAUCUGAUGAGUUAGGGCUGACGGUGGGACAUUUAGUGGGUUGGGGCGCAGCUUCUGCAAUGAUUGUGGGUGGUGUGGCACCUUACAUUCCUCAAUAUAGGCAAAUUAAAAAGACGCAAGAUGCCGAAGGAUUUUCUCUUCAUGUUUGUUUGACUCUCUUAAUAGCGAAUACUCUACGUAUAUUAUUUUGGUUUGGCAAACGCUAUGAGUUGCCACUAUUAAUACAAAGUAUUGUAAUGAAUGCAACAAUGUUUGCAAUGAUCCACCUUUGUGUGACAGUAAGGAAAAAGAAUCAAAUUAUUAGAGCAAGAGAAAGAAUUUUCACAGGUGCAAUAUUCAUGUUAUAUAUACUGUUAUGUUGUGUAAAUGGCUCAGCUCAGCCAGACGAAACAGCACACUGGUUGGGACAGCGUAGCGGCAUUGUAGGUGGAGAGAAACCGCAUCGCUUUUAUGAUAUGGACAGAAAAUAUUUCUGGGCGUGGACGGAUUUCCAAAGCUACGUCGAUUGUAUGCUAGUAUUCUCAGUCCUAGGGGCAGCGAUAACAUAUCUGUUAAUAGAAUUCUCACCGUUUGUGGAGCUAAUUGGCUUUCUUGCUGUCUUCACCGAGGCUAUGCUUGGCGCGCCUCAGAUAGCAAAAAAUCAUCAGAAUAAAAGUACAGAGGGAAUGAGCGUGAGUAUGGUGAUAAUGUGGACGUGUGGUGACUUGUUCAAGACUGCCUAUUUCGUUAUUAGGGAGGCCCCGACACAGUUUUGGGUGUGCGGAGGACUCCAAGUUCUAUUAGAUAUUGUUAUACUCUUCCAAGUGUGGCUGUACCGUCACAACACUGCGGCGGCGCGGCGACUGCGGCGCGGCGACUAGCAGUGGACGGAGACCGACUUAUAGCGCUCACUCGGCGCCCUCCGCGCUCUCACGGUACCUGCCCACUAUCCGCGUACAUUAUGACGAACGCUCUACACGUGACACUAUCGUUGUGUACAUUAUAAAAUUAUAAAUCGACGUUACUUUAGAGUAUUGUGCUUUUGACGUAUAUCCGAAAUCUUAUUUUGUAAAUUGAAAUGACUAUUCGAGUCAUCAAAGGUGCUGACAGGCUUUCUUAGUUAUUUUUUUUUUUUCUAUAUAUUGAAGAUAAAUUUCAUUAUCUUUAGACCGUUAUCUCUAAGUGUUUAUGUAAUAGAUGUAUAUACUGCUAUUGAAGAUGAUCAUUCAAUAAAUCUAUCGACAUUUUAUUGCACUAAAAGUAUUAGAUGGACCGCACUUUGAAUCCGAUUAAUAGAAGAAGAAAACUUUAAAUCUUGCUGUUGUACUAGUUUUUAAGAAUUGAAGAAGCUGUGAAAUGCAUUAUUAAAAUUGUGAUAAAACUAUUUCGAGUACAAUGAUCAAUGCGUUAAUUUUAAUUCGCAUUACGCGUGCAUGGUUCGUUUGUAUAAGGACAAUUAACACUUGACAGACUACCAAAUAAUUAUAAGUUUGUUUCAUAGUAAAAAUCCAACAAUGUAUAUUAAAAUUAAUUGUUUUUUUUUAAUUAAAAUAUAAAAAAUGGUUACACAGUUUUUUUUAAACAUUUUUAGUAGUUGAAAGUAUUGAGUUAUCCAUACUGGAAUCACCUAAAACAACGCAGUAUUAUAGUGCCUAUAAUAUUGAUUAUAAAAUAUGACGUUCAAUAUUAGUUUGUGAUGAACUUAUUAAUGUGUCAAUGACUUUCAAUGUUCUGCCAAAUAUCAUGAAGAUUAUGAAAAAUUGUGGCAAUCUUUUUGUUAGGUGUUUCAGUAUGUAUAAUUUGUUCUUCUUGAGGCUAGAUAAAUUGCAUAAGAUACUUUAAUAUAUUGUUUUAUUGUUCUUAAGUAUUAUUUGUGAUAAUUAUUUUUAGUUAUGGUUGUCACCGGUAUGUACAAAUUUAUUUUUAAUAUAUUAUUAUACUGGCACCAGACAUUUGACAAUAUUCAAUGAAAGUGUAAUAUAGAGCCGCAUUAACAAAGGUACGGUGCCGGUAAUAUAAAUAUGUGUUAUUUAUUAUUAUUAACGUAUUGUAUAAAAAUAAAUUGUAUUUUAUUAAAACGUACGUAAAAUCAUAAUUGUUAAAAAUUAUACUUUCCAGGAAGGUUUUGAUUUCAUUUUUAUGAAUUAUAAAUAUAUAAUCUUUUUUAUUACUAAACUUUAGGCAGCUUACAUAAUGAACAGUAGCGCCAGUACUAAUACAAAGACGAUUAUGAAUAAUCUUUUGUGAGGCCAUGUAAACUGUCUUAGUGUUCCCAUGCAGCUGAAUUUAGACAAAUAAAGUGUGAGAGAGACAAAGCGAACGAGCAACCAGUAGUUAUCUGCUAUCAAUGCAUACUUUUACUAUGGAGAAAGAUAUUGACCGCAUAAUCGCUUUGUCUCUUUUUAAUUAACAAGGCCACUGUAAGAAAAAAAACGACAAUUGUUGAUCGAACCGAUCGUGACAUUUUGAAAAGCAACUUAAUUUGAUAUAGCAUUUUGUAUAUUUGUUUUCUCUAAAUUAUUCUUUGAUUUUCAAGUUUAUAUUACAGAUUAGGCAUUAUGUUUAAAACAACGGGUAAAUUUAACAGUGAUGCAAGAUAGAGUUAUAUAAAUAUUUCAUUUGAAAUUUAGGAAUUGUUCCGAUUCUGAUAAUAAUUUCCACGAUAGUUUAUAUUUAAAUAUUAUAUACAUAUUAUAAAUAUUAAAUUGUAAAUAAGUACUUCUUUUAAUAUAUAAUUCAACUAUUUUAUAAAUUAUUCCAUGUUGUUAAUUUAUAACUAUUUUUAUUAUAAACAUGAUGAUACGUUGUAUAUAUUUUUUUCUAUUUUGUACUAUAAAUUAUAAUCGUUAUAUUUUAUAAAUUUGAUAUGUAGAGCACAACAAAUUUACAUUUCAUUAAUAGCAUUUAAUAAAUGUAAAUGCUUUUUUAAAUAUUCAUAAUAAUCUUAGCGUAUUUCGUACUCGGUAUAUGAUUUAAAUGCGAAUAAUCGAAGAUUAUAUUUUUUCUGAUUAAAUUGAAUAAUAUUAUAAUAUUAUUAUACUUUGUUCAAUUUUAAUUGCAUAAUAAUUAUUAAUUAAUUCUUCGUUUUAGUCGAAUCUAAAAUUAAAAUAAAACUAUAAAGUUUUUACUCCACAUACUUAAGUAGAAAAUGUAAAGGAGUUUCAAUGCCUGUUGUCAUGUUAAAAAUAAUAUAUAUAUAAAUUGAGAGAAUUCGUUACACGGCGAAACAUAUCAUAUUUAUUUCAUAAAUACAUUUAGGUAUAAAUGUUGGGACCGACGUAUUAACGUCACGUCAUCAUCGAGAAUUGUAAAGAUCAUUGUAUUGAGCCUUGACAUGAUAAUUAUGACUUUGAUAACAUAAAAAUUUUCGUUAUUAAAAAAUAUUUGUAAUCAUAAAGUGCAUGCUAAAAUUGUCAUUAAAAUUAUAUUUAUACAAUUUUGAUAGUAAUUAUUUAUAAUUACGACGAAAUGAACUAGGAAAUGCAAAUUUACUAUAACAUUUUGAUAUGUGAAAUAUUAAAAUAAAAUAUAAACAAUUUUAAGUUGUAAUUUUUAUUUGGGGUGAAACAUUUAAUUAGGGUGUUCUAAAACUCGCCCACUCAUACCGCGUAAAUUGACAUUUCGGUCAAUUAUACUUAGAUACACAUAAUAAAAUAAUGUAUUACUAAACGAAAGUUAGAAAUGUUGUGAUUAAAUUAUCAAUUAUUAUACGGAAUAAAGUUACGUUGUUU